AUGUAUUUUACUGGUUGUGUUGCACCUCCGUUGAGUCAAUCUCAUUCAUCGCUACCAUUUUGUUCCCAAUACCUCUCAGCAGUCAAUUGGCAGAGUCAACUGGGUGCAUCAGUAUACAGAUCAUCUGGCGGUGCACUCUGCGUCGUGUUUGCAAAUAGUGCGGCAACAGGAAGAUUUUUCAAAUAUACGGGACAGUACACCCAAGAUGCAGCGUUUAGUUCUCAAUUUGCUUUGGCUAGUUACCCUGCAAGUCUGCCCUCUUAUGACAUUGACUUGAGCUAUUUGAGCUUUGGUGAUCCAGUACAGCUAUUUUUCCCUGCUGUUGGACUCAAGGGUGCCAUGCCACUUCCUACAUCUUCACCUGAUUCGAUAUGCAAUGACGCUUCUCCAGCUCCUUACACGUAUUUGAUCCUCGUACAUGAUUUAGAAUUCAUGGUAUCUCGAAGUGGUUCCUGUCAGCGUAUAAUUUCAAACGUGACUAUGGCAUGCACAGCCGGAAGUAUAUUUCAUCUUGCAUACUAUACAAAUGGAUUCCAGCUUGUUACUGAUCCAUCUGCUAAUGCAGCAACUGUUGCGCCUACAAUCAAUAGCGUAACGUGUAUUGAUGCAAUCACUGGGCUUCGUAUGCCAUGUCCCACUGCUGCAACUGUGCCUACUAUCAGUGGAUCAAUUUGUUCUCAAAUGGUUGUUCAGGUCACUUAUACCUUUAUUUAUUCUACACUACCAAAUGCACAUUUCACAGAUUUACUCAUUGAUGUUGUACUGGGAUCGUAUACUAUCAAUUCGGGAACAGCAAUCAAACAAACUUUCAUUACCAACUUUGCACCAUCUAUUCAAUAUGCAAGAACAUCAAAUGUAAUCAAAUCGGGAACACCAGGAUAUCGAAUUGGUUCGCCUAUACUUGCAGGACUUUUGACUCAAUCUGGCACUGCAUCAGCUAUAUCUUACACUCCAGAUAUACAAUUUGGAAUCACUCUUCCAACAGAUGUUCCUUCACAGGUGCCAGGUGGUCGAUCUCAAUGUCCAACAAUAACAGAUUACGCUCGUCGAGUUCCAAUCACAUUUGGCGAAACGUCUGUAUAUGGAUGUACGCUUCAAUUCAAUCGCACUGCAAUCAAUUCCAAUUGCGCUGCCAUUCGAUCGCAGGUGUUUACUUUGCAAACACUGACUGCUGGUGCAUUGAGUCAUGUUGGAAUGUUUGGUAAUGCUAGUGUUGAAAAUAUUUUUGACUGGGUUCCGAUUAUCAACACCGUUCCCACUGCACUCACAGGCACACAGUCUAUCACGGAUACAGUUGGAACUUGCUCAUCAAUUCUGACUGGAUUUGAUAUACAAGUCUUGUAUACACAUCUGGGAGUAUUGACCAAUCCGCAACGUGCGAUUGUGGGUGUACGAUACAGCUACACAUCAGGAAAAUUCCAAUGGCGAUGCAUUACCCCAACCGAUUGCGUCGAUCCAGCUACAUAUGGUGCAGCCUCUAGUGGGGUGGGUACAUCCACUCAAACCUUUCGUAUUCGUUCUUCAGUAUCAUUUGUCAAGGUAGAUAGCGUUGGUACAGCUUUAUUUUCCCCACCUGCUCCUAGAUUAUUUACUCAAUUACCAAAUGAUAUUUGGUAUCCAUUCAAUCUAUAA